AUGGCUUUAGAAAAGACAGAUCCUAAUCAUCAACAGAACCUUCAGCUUCUAUUUCUAACAGAACCAACUAUAAUCAACAUUAGCUCAAAUGAACAAAUGCAAACAACAGCUCAAAAAAAUUUCUUGCCAGAUAUAGAAAUGCUGCCAAGAGAUGAACUUGUUAUUUAUAGUUAUAGAACAUCACAUCCAUCUGCAA